ACCAGUUCGUGAAAAGCAACGCGAGUUGUGUCAGACAAGGAUUACUGCGUUUUCGUAGAAAAAUUAAUUGGAUUUGAGUGAAAAAUGUGAUUUGUGGGAUUAAAAAAGUGUUUUAUUUCUAGAUCCCGUGUUGUGAUGUGUGUGUAAUAUGAGCUGGGAAACAACAGAUUAGAGUGAUAUAAAGGAAGAUGGCAAAGAAAUCUGAGAACAUUGGUGGUAAAUUAGUAACUGUGUCCAUUGUUGGAUUGUCUGGUACCGAGAAAGAAAAGGGGCAGCUAGGUGUGGGAAAGUCCUGUUUGUGCAAUAGAUUUGUCCGCACAGACGCUGACGACUACAAUGUCGAUCAUAUUUCCGUUCUGAGUCAAUCGGACUUCAGUGGUCGUGUGGUCAACAACGAUCAUUUUCUAUAUUGGGGCAGCGUCCAUAAGGAGCAGGAUGAAAAUGAGUACCGUUUUGAAGUGGUCGAGCAGACUGAGUUUGUUGAUGAUGCCUGCUUCCAGCCAUUCAAAGCUGUUGGCAAAACUGAAACGUACAUAAAAAGGUGUGUGGCCACUAAACUGCAGUCUGCUGAGAAGUUAAUGUAUGUUUGUAAGAAUCAAUUGGGUAUUGAGAAGGAAUAUGAGCAGAAAUUGAUGCCGGAAGGAAAGCUGUCUGUGGAUGGAUUCCUCUGUGUGUAUGACGUCAGUCUAGUACCUGGACGGAGUUGGGAGAAACAAAAUGAAACCCUGGUACUUAUACUUCAGAAUAUAAUAAAGUUGAAGAAACCGGUUGUGUUAGUUACAUCCAAGAACGAUGAAGCCUGUGAGCAAGGUGUUCGAGAAGCGGAGAGAUUGGUACAGAGGAAGGAGUUUAAGGGUGCCAUACCCAUCGUGGAAACAUCCAGCCACGAUAAUGUCAACGUAGACCAGGCAUUUUUCCUACUGGCGCAGAUGAUCGAUAAGUCCAAAGCUAGGAUUAAGGUGGCGAAUUACUCGGAGGCUUUGCGGAUAAGAAGGGAGACUCUCGAUUUUGUCACGGAGGCUUUCACUCAGCUGAUAAGAAUACACGUACAGGAUCACAAAGAGAUGUGGUCGGCGGUUAGCAAAAGAUUGUGUCACUAUCCAGAAUGGAUCAAGUUUGUACAACAGUUUGGAAAUGACGGAACCCAGGUGGUUUUUCGACGUCACAUCCGUCGCCUGAAGGAGGAACGGUCAGCUAAGAAGCUCAGGAAGCAACUGGCCAAGUUACCACAGGUUCUUACUAGGAUGCAGUUGUCUACUGAUGACAUGCAAGAAAGUGACUGGGGUUCCGUGGUCCGUCAGAUACGUUCUCACCGUCACUUCUCUGUGUACUUCACGGAGACACGGCCCAGGGGGAGCUCGGACAGCGGCUCGGACGAGCCCCCGCAUGACGCCACGCUCAGGGUUGGUGAUAGGGCGAAGUAUCAGACUUUGGGUCAAUCUCAGAAGAUACCCUUCGAGAUUCUGGAAACGAAUGAAGCGGCAGCUAUUUUCAAAACAUACUUACACGAAGCUCAAGAGAAACAACGGAACUUUGAAUGGUGUCAGCAAUUUAAGCGACUGUUAGAAGAAACGGGUUACGUAACACCCGGGAAACAGCUGUCGGAAGUAAGGGUGCUGUUGAUGGGCAGGGAGUGCUAUGAGGCUCUCACCGAGGAGCAACAGCAGAGAGUGUACGACGAUCAUCAGAGAGAGAUACAGAGGAGAGCCAAACAUAACCUGCAGGAACUGCUAUUGGAGCACGCGGAUCUCUUCUACCACUUCAAGCGGAUAUCACCAACAGGAACCAUAACCCAGGAGGAUAUUAAGGAGAUCACUGAUGUGCUGCAAGACGACUUCCGAUACAAGAUGUUGGAUCGUAUGGAGCAGGAUCGCAAGCUGAUGUUGUUCCAGCACCUCGGCUUCGUCCACUGUCCCAUGAGGGAGCACUGUCCGGCUGGCUCGAACUGUCUGGACGCAACUCUACCAGUCAUACUCAACACUAGAGUUGGCUCUCUGACGUCAUCGAGUGAGUCUCAAUGCCUGGCGGGUCCUCCGGCGGCGCCCUGGGCCCUCACCAGCGACUCGGACCAUAUCAACGUUAUUAUAUUAGGGGUGGAAGGCGUUGCGGGUGAAUUUGGCAAGCGUCUAUCAGCCGGUUGCGAGAGUGAACGACGUGUCAGUGCGUCUGUCCCUCGACGGUUAGAUCUUAGGCUGAGGACAGACGACUUCGCUACUGACGCCCCGUCUGACUUCGCGCCUAAUGGAUAUUUCUGCGUGUAUCAAGAUCAGGAAUCUUUUGAAUAUAUCAGAGGUUGUGCUGAAAAAACUCUCUUAUCUAGUCUGGAACAAGAAGACAAACUUCCAUUUCAGGGCUUGCCAUUAGUUGUAAUGUUCGUCCAAGACGAGGGUAUGGAUAAAAAGGAGCUGGCGAGGCUCCAGGAGGAGGGACAGAAUCUAGCUGAUAACCUUCACUGCUCGUAUAUGGAAGCGUCUGUUAACGAGUUGGGCACCGAGGCCUUUACUACGGACGCUAUACAGGAGUUAAUACGAGCCAAUAGAGAAAAAGCUAGUUAUGCUCACCUAUACAGAGAUCUCAUUGUCUGCUUUGAUGCUGAUAUACGUAUAAUGGUGUGCAUGUUCUGUGACGACCCCUACUCGCCUGAGCGCGCGCUAGGUCCCCUACUACAGCACCGAGCCUGUUUCUUAACGGGAGACCGGUCCAUACUCAUCGAGACAUUCCUGGGCGACUCCAAGAGGAAAGUCGAGGUUAUAAUCUCAAGUUUCCACGGGGCCAGCCAGUUCAGAGAGGAACUCAUACAUGGAUUCAUUCUCAUAUACUCAGCUAAGAGGAAAGCAAGUUUGGCUACACUCAAUGCGUUCUCAAUGAAUAUUCCCAAUCUGCCGAUACAAAUGGUAGCUGUCACUGAGGGCGGUGGUUCUGCCAGUGCUUUUUUUGGCACUGACCUUGGACACGCUCUCAUAACAGACGGCAACGCCACGGCAGAUAGGCUGGGAGCACAUUUCACUACAUAUAGCUGUGCCGCUGAGAAUAAAUCGGCUUUCUACACUCCUUUCUUCAAAGAGGUAUGGGAACGUAAGGGUGAGAUAGAGAGGGCGUUCCGUCUGGAAGCACCCCAUGGCCGAUCCCAUAACCCUCAUAACCUACCGGACGUCGCCGCGGCCAGGCCGGCGCCACCGCCGCGUCUACACUCCUACCACCUGGAUCACAAAAUGGAACACAAACUUACUAACUCACUAGACCUCCUCAUCGGACCAGAUUCCCGUGCGGACAUCGACUCUGAAUAUAGCGACACACUCAACAACUCUAAGAAUAGGGGAUUUUUGAAAGGUUUUAGUGUGUACCCGCCACCCAGCACGCCGCCAGAGCCCGCUCCGCCAGAUCACAGGAUGCACGCAGAUUUAUCACAUGGUGGGGGCUGGCAGCCGGCGGGCUACGGACAGAGAGCCUUCACUACGGGCCGAGCUAGACCACACCAAGCACAUCCGAGACUAAGGCAUUCGCAAACAUUGAAGCAACCAGGUAAAUUGGAUAUGAACAACUAUACUAUAGUGAGCGAUGCGCUGCAGCACAUCACUAUAGGACAACCACAGCAUAGAGAGAGAAAGUCUCAACACUCGGGCUGGUCUCACUCCGGACAGAAUCACCAUCCGUCAGGAGUUAGUUCAGAGACUGAACUAGACGCGCAGUACGCACAGAUCAAAGAGACCAACGAAUAUAUGGAGGCGCCCUCUAUGACCAGGUUACGGAGACAUCGCAGACAUGAAAAAACAACAAUGCAUCAACCUUCUUUCUCCGAAACGGACAGUUCCGGAUCUAGCUCAACGUCGGGCGGAGCUCGCGCACACGUGCGACGCCGGCACCACGCACACGCGCCCAGACAUUACAAGAAACGUUCUUUAGGUAACCUAGUAGCGGUACAAAGUCCCAGGGUUCCAAAGUUGGGAAUGUUUGUAGGCCCUCCAGAAUUACCGACCGGGUAUAGGGCUAGGACACAGGAGGAUAAAGGGAGUGAAUCAAGUGAUGGUAGUUCUGACAACGAAUCAAGGCGUACGCGACCGCUACCACCACCGCCUCACCAUGAACCACAGCUUAAGAUGUUGGCCGGUGAAUAUCCGUCAUCCACUCAGGACAACUCGUCUUCCAGUGCAGCAGACUCUCGCAGACGACAGGCCUUCGGUAAACACGACCGGAGACAUAAGGAAUUUUCAAAAAGCAAAGACAAAAAGAACUCGGCUCCGUUGCAAAAUACUAACUCAAUACAGAAUUGGGGUCCACAGGGCCCCCACGGAGUACCUCUGUUCGUUGAGAAGUGUAUAGAGUUCAUAGAACGAGAGGGUUUGGCAUCUGAGGGACUGUACCGCGUCCCUGGGAACAGAGCCCACGUCGACAUGCUCUUCUCUAAGUUUUAUGAGGAUCCAAAUAUAGAUCUAGAAUCGCUAGACAUACCCGUGAAUGCCGUUGCCACAGCAUUGAAGGAUUUUUUCUCCAAGAAGUUUCCACCUUUAUUAGAUGAAGCCAGUAUGGCACAGCUGGAGGAUAUAGCGGCAAUGCGAGGUUGUAUCGCUGGCGGGGUUGAGUUGAAAGAUCGCAGCUGGAGGCUCUUGGCGCUACGAGCAUUAUUGGCGUCGGCGCUCACACCGCACGCUCGGUCCACCCUGGAUUACUUACUGCAUCACUUCGCACGUGUCGCUGACAAUUCUAAGUUGAACUCUAUGGAUAGUAAGAACCUCGCAAUAUGCUGGUGGCCGACUCUACUUCCGGUACAGUUCAGUGAUAUGGGCAGGUUCGAGAUGACGCGGCCAUACCUCGAGGACAUCGUCCAGACUAUGAUAGACCAGCAUCCCUUCCUGUUCAGGGGUCAGGAAGCGUUUGUCAUGGUCUGAGAAUUGAAGCCCACAAUGCGUGUAGCAUUCGUGAUGGACGACGUGUGACGUCAGAGCAGUGACGUCAUCGGCCAGUGACGUCAUGGACUGUAACGUUUAUAUAAUCCCGUACCGUUCCAGUGAGGUUAUACAUUAGUGCGUAAUUCUAUUCACACGACUAUAGGCUUUAUUGUAUACUGAUAAGUGUCUAUAUUUGUGUGGAAUAUCGACCUAGUUCGAUACAGGCUAUCAUUGUUGUAGGGGUUUUAUGAAUUCGAAUAUUAAAAUUGACGUUUAUUUUUUACAAGUGUUGUCAUAUCAUAUGCUUAGAAUUCACCGCGUCGCUUCCGUAUCUAGCGCUUUUAUUUAUAUUACGUGAGUAAAAAAAAUAUAAUAAUAAUAAUGGGAUGGACUUUUUGGAUCAGUAUUUUAAUGUAGGUGAGCGCAUUAAUUAAGUGAUUCGUGCACAAAAUAUAUAUACAUAUACCGGUUAAUGUUGAAUAAGUGUCGAUGUAAAAUCAAUUAUGGCAACACCGCGUAAUGCACAUUCCGUUCCGAGGUAAUUGUUAAUGUUAAUAUAAAAUAGUUUGUAUGUGCGUGUGCAAGCGUUUGUUGGCAUUAUGGAGUUGUACGAACAGGUUACUUAUAGUCUUGCCAUUGUUGAAUGUCAUACGCUUGUCACUUUUUUUGUAUUAUGAACGGUAGCUUUUUUUAUUUAUAUAUAUAUAUAUAUACAUUUUUAUAUAUUACAGAAGAUUUAUUUUUUAAAGAACCUCUUUUUUUGAAUUUUUUUCGUCUAUGUGUCAAAGCUGAAUAUAUUUGAUUAAUUCUCGAGGAGAAAUAAUUUGAUUGAUUUAAAAAAAAAUUGCGUUUGAUAACAUUAGAUUCUUUUACAGAAGAAUUAAGAUCUCAGAUUGUCCAUUAAUUUUUUUUUUAUUAUUAUUUAAAUGUAUCACAAUUUUUAUCUAUUUAAUAUAUUUUUUUUAAAUUAUCUUUAUUUUUUUUUUUUGAAUAGCGAAGCCGUUUUAUAAAACGUUUUUAAAGCGGACGGCCUAUUUUGUAUAUUUAAGUAUUUUAAUAGACUGACGCUAGACAUUAUUUUCGACGAUUUAAAAAAAAAAGGGAGAGAUAUUUUUGUAUGCUUUAUGGUUUCGUUGAGUUGUUUUUGCGUUUUUAUGUAACGAUGGAAUAUUAUUGGCUCGAGGUUUUUUUUUUUUUUUUGAUAAUCAAAUUGGUGUUUAGAGUCAAUAUUUUAUAUUAAAACCUAUUUUAUCCUACGUAUAAUUGAAGUGAAAUAGUUCUAUACAUUAAUUCGGCCAUUUUUAUAUAUAUAUGAUUAGUACCAGUGCAAUCAUUAUAAUUUUUUUUACAUUCGUGAUGUAUAAUGUAUCCUGUAACGCUUAGUAAUGGACGUAUAGAAAAAAGGUAUUUAUAUCUAUAUAUAUAUAAUUAUUUAUUUAUUUGCGUAAAUAUGUGAAAUCAGUGUAACAACUAGUGUGUAAUAUUUAAUAUAUAGAUGUCUCCACUAAGUAUAGGUAAGGUCGUGUAAGUUUAUAUGGUAAUGAAUAUCACAACAAUCGCGCCCUGCAGCGGGACGAUGCGAGGGAAUUUUUUAUAUUUUACUAUUGAAUCUAAAAGACAUAGAACCUAUUUUUGUUUGUAUUUUUUUGUUUACUUUAUAUUUUAGCUUCCAUUACGCAGCACCCUCUGUAUGAUUUAUAAACUUUAAUAUAUAAAACGAUGUAAAUAUUGUACAUUGAUUUAAUUCGCGUUGUUUAUUUAUUGAGAUUAUUAUUUUUUUUUUGUUUAUUAUAAUUACUAUUUUAAAAGCCAUACCUACUUGUUACUCUAUGUUCUGUGGGGUUUGUUCACAGCGCUCCUGUGCCAUUUUUUUUCUUCGAUAACAUUCUUAUACACGUGAAUCCGAAUGCGUUGUAUUUAUUUAUUAAAAAAAAUAUAUUUUUUUCCUGUAGUAUCUCAAAUCUCCUAACGUAGAAUCAAUGUACGCUUCGACAACUGCAGCUUCAAUGGCUGUUGUGAUUGAAAAGAAAAAAUACUUUUGUGUUUUUAUAAUCAAUUCUCAGAUGUACCGUUUUUAAAUUGGACUGUCAUUUCGUUGAUGUUUUAAUUAAGUAUUAAUGUUUAAUACACACGAAUAAAUAAAUUAAAUUAUAUGUUUGGUUUUGACUCGCGUGUAUUUUGUUUUUACGUUUUCCUCUCAAUUUUAUGGGACGAAAAAAUUUACAUUCUCUCAGUGAUAGUCUUUCGAUCACGUUGACGUUACACAGCGAGUGUAAAUUAAUCGAAACUAUGAUUUUAAUAUCAAUAUGAACACGCGGGAGUUAAUUCCAAAGAUUUAAUUUAAUUUAUAUAUUCCUGUUAUUCACAAAUAUUCUUCACCAUGUAUAUACGCAGCUAUUGAAGCUACAGGAUGUUAUAAUUUUUGCUAUGUGCGUCUCAACUGUAAAACACAGUUCAAAAGAAUGUGUCAUAUUUUAUAAUAAAUAACCAUCUAUGUAAUGA